CGCCGGCGCUGCUCCACGUGGGCGCGGGGCGCAGCCCGGGGGUCCGCGUCGGGUGGCCACCUCGAUCUCCUCCGGGAACAGCGCGGUCGUCGACGGUCCCCGUGUGGCUGCGGCGCGCGCUGCCGGUGCCGUGCCGCAGCGGAAAGAGAGCCGGGUUCCAGCUGAACCAUCCGUCAGAAAUAAGCCUCCCUUCCUCUCGCCUUGGUCGACUUCCAACAGAAAUAAAGCUCCUACAGCCGGCAGGAAGUGGGGAGCGGUCCGCCGGCCUCCGGGUUGAAAGUCCUCAGGCCGGGACACGUGGGCAGAGGUAGAGCAGCAGCUUUGGGGAUGUGGCAAACUUCCUCCUUAAACCAGAGUGCCGCUUUAGCUUCCUCACCUUUAACUUUUUAAUUUUUAACGGGACUUCCUCAGGCUGACGUGACCCACCUGUUUAUUAACUAGGAGCGUCAAUGCCAAAGAUGAGGCUGCUGACAAAAUGAAGCCGUGAUAAAAUGAAGCCAAGCCUUUAUCAAAUCCUUGCAGUUGGAACAGUCCCUUAAAGGCCAUCUGGUCCAGCUCCCCUGCAAUGAACAGGGUCAGCCACUGCUCCAUGAGGACCUCAGAGCCCCCUCGAGCCUGACCUUGAGUAGCUGCAGGGCUGGGCACCACCUGCCUCUCUGGGCAGCCUCAUCAGUUAUGGGUUAGUUUGUAUCUACAGCAUAAUGACAGACGGGAAGACUACUCAUUAACUUUCUGUUUAAAGAAGUGGUUUGUCUUACCCCAGCCUUUGCCCAGGAAAGAAACAUUUUUUAGCAAGAGGUUCCUUGUGGUACAACCACGCAUUUUCAGCAUGAGCUUGCUAGCUUGAUGCAUUGGAAGCAGUUAGCAGCUGAUGGCAGUCCCAGCUCAUGGCCCCUUGUUGGGAACAGCUGGCAAGACAGAAGAGCAAGAACUAGCAAGAUUACUACCACAACUGUUUUCAGCUCAGCAGAUCUACUGGCUUGUUUUAACUGCAGGGCAAGUUUACACUGGAGAUUACACUUCAGUGCUCUAUCUUAUUAAGGGAAGAUGUUUUGUCCAUUAAUCCAAUUAGCAUUGUAGGUUAAUAAGACUGUGUUUCCUGAAGCAGAGCAGUCUCACAAAUAACAAUUACACCUAAACACUUAAGCAAUGAGAAAAGAAAUACCAGAGUGGUAUUUCCCUACGUAUUCUACUUGUUCUUUUCCUGCCUACUCUACUUACUAUGUUUUACAAGCAAUGCUCUCUAGUUACAUGACAACUUCUCAAUUAGGAAAUCACACCAAACAGCUAAAGGUGCUGAAAACAUUUACAUGUUGAUAAAAUUCCCUUUCUCUUCAAUAUAGGCAGAUAGGUUCCAGCCCAGGGUAACGUUUUCAGUACCAAAGAAAUGUAUUCAGCUAUGAAGGCAUAAAACAAAACAUGUUGUUACUCUGUCAUCUGUCCUGGCAAAGUUUCCAGUCAGAGCCACUGCAAACUCAGCUGCAGGUCUGGGUGUUAGAACACUCGGCAGCUCCAUUCUUCAGAUGCAUUCAGUUGUUGGCAUACUUUCCUCUUCGGGAACACACAGUCCUUAACUUCAAACACUGCCCUUAUGCUACUGACACAGAAAACAGAGAAACUUGCAAAGAUAAAAAGAAACUAAACAAAGGGGAACUAAUACUUUCAGAAUAGCUCGACUUAUUGCAGUAGCAUUGUUCCCAUAAUAGCUCCUGCUUGGCAAAUUACAGUAUAUGGAAUUCUGGCAGAAGGAGGCACACAGGGAGAGCAGCUCCACAGCUGCAGGAGCUGACGGAAAGCCGGAGCAGAUCCUGUCAGCCACCCAACUGAGCCAAGGGUUUCCGAACUACAUUUCCCAGAGCUCCUGCUGGGGGAAGAGCGACUCAAUGUGGUCAGACAGCUGCUGUUCGCUCUGCUUGCUGGAGGAGCUGUACUUCCAGCUGAGGACAACGGUGGCCUUCCAGAGCUGUUUCCUGCUGCUGCAGACAGCACGCCUUCUGCUCCGAGCGCAAAACAGCUUCCCAUAGGUGCUGAUUAUGGCUGCAAUUUAUCGAGCAGCGUAUAGAAGAGCUGCUCUCUUCUGCAGGUCACACUCCACCUAUAUUAGAAAAAUGAGAUACUUGAGUAAGCUAAAGGAAGAUGACAUGUUGUGUAGACAAGCCCAGACCUCGGGAACUUUCUACAUCUUUCACAAUUUCUCACCCUUCCUGCAGAAAGUCGGGAAGAAAUAUUUGAUUCCACAGCUCAGUGCAGCAGAAAUGAAAAGGAUCCUGGAGAAAUUCAGAGAGACUGAACAGUGGAUAGAGAAGUCGGUGCUGAUUGGUUGUUCAGAUGAGCACGUACCACACUUUGCCCUGGAUUUAGCAGGAGCCUUGGAAAGAUCAGUCGUUGAGGCUGAGCUCAAGGGAUCGUUCACUGACUUACGAAAGGCUUUCUUCGCAGUGGAUGAGAAGGAUUCUUCUUUGCUGGCCUCGGCCCAGGCCCUUCUCCGCUGGCACGAUUCCCACCAGUACUGUAGCAAAACCGGGCAGCCGACUCAGAAAAACGUAGCUGGCAGCAAGCGCGUGUGCCAUGCCAGUGGAAUAACUUAUUACCCACAGAUGUCUCCAGUAGUUAUCAUCUUGGUGUCUGACGGCAGCCGCUGCCUCCUUGCACGACAGGCUUCGUUUCCUCAGGGGAUGUACACCGCUCUGUCUGGCUUCUGUGACGUAGGUGAAGCUGUGGAGGAGGCAGCCCGGCGAGAAGUGGCAGAAGAGGUGGGCCUGGAGGUGGAGUCACUCUGGUAUUCAGCAUCCCAGCACUGGCCCUUCCCCAGCAGCUGCUUAAUGAUAGCUUGUCAUGCAUUGGUGAGGAGACAGCAGUUGGAGAUCAGUGUGAACAGCCUGGAGCUGGAGGAAGCCCGCUGGUUUGGCCUGGAAGAAAUCAUGGAGGGUCUCAAGCGAGAACCCAGAUCUGCAAAGCAAGACAACGGAAGUUUUUUACCUUGGUUCCCUCCCAAGCAGGCCAUUGCUCACAAACUGAUCAACGAGUGGGUUAAGCAGCAGACUUCCCAGCCAACUCAGGUGCUAUGAAUUCAUUAAGCCUGUACCUCUACCAGGAUUACUAAUGCUUGACAUGAAAGCUUCCAUAGCUGAAAUCUGUCAUACAGCAGGUGUAAUCUGAUGGCAAUCCUACAUUUGGAUACAGAGACCUACACAUUUCUGAUCAUCCUCAGACAACUCCUUGCACAGUGGAUCACCUUUGAGAUCCAUCAACUUGUAGUAAAUGCACAAUAAAAUUCUUUGUCCCAAGGCACAAAACGUUGUCAUCUGCCGCUGGUGUUGCCCAGUAAGCAACAGAACAAUGAGCCCAGUGCAGCUAUGACCCUCUUUUCUCCAUUUUAUCCAUCUACAGGUUGUGAUGGAUAUCUGAACCCAGCAUUUUUUCAGAAAGAAACAUUAAGGGAGAGAGGCCUUUUAGUUUUCACCUGUAUCUCAAUCUGGACUGACUAUCAAAGAAACCAAAGAAAGGCAGUGCCUGUACCCUCUCCCCUUCUUCCAUUUCCCUUACCUUUGAAUCUUCCAGUUUCAUAUGAAACUUUUUUUUGCCCCAAAUGAUAAGCGUAUUCCUCCUUUGGUGAUAUAUGAGAGUAACUGAAACUACUUCUGGAGACAACAUUUUCCCUGUCAGCCAUACAGAGCAUGACACUUCCAUCCUAAGGAAGAGAGAAUAGAGCUACCUGGUGGUAGAGAGUGGAAGAGCAGAGCCUAUGCAUGAGCAUAUUAGAACCCAAGAAACUCAAAGGUGAGAUAGUAUUACUGAAAGGCAGAAUGUCUCUCACCCUGUGCCAGAAGUCUGUGGCUUGCUUGGAGAACUGGUCUUGCUUUACUGGUGAAAUGGUACCACGUUUGCAGGGAGAGUGACAAAGAUUUAGGGGAAAAGAAAGCAGAGGAGGCAGACGGAAGGAUCUGCUGCUUUUUUAGGCUCAGUCCUUCCUGCUUACUUGGCCAGAAUUCAAAUGUGAAGCUUGCUAAGCUAUCAGUGCAGAGACUUGAAGGGGGAACAGGACAAAAAGUUGGUACAGAUUGGAGCAUUAUUGGUGCCUCCCCUCCAGCCCAGCUAGACCUUUAGAUAAACUUGUGCACAACUGAACUUAACUGCAACUCUCCUGCUUCCAGUUUCCUUUGAAAUAUGCCUCUCAGCCUCUCUUUGUGGUGGUUGCUCCUGUUUUUUUUUUUUUCUUCCAUCAUUUUAAUACUCCAUUUUUCUCUUCCUCUCUCAUCUCUGGAACGUGCCAUUUGCACUUUCAUCCCCAAUCCUUUCUUCCUCUUACCUGCAAUAAGAACACUGAAGCGUUAGACCCCAGCCAGAAGGAUAUUUGUGCUUCUCAUGCCCCUUCCGCAUUCUUCUUACCUCCCUACCUCGCUCCAUGCACUUCCAUAACGUGACCCAGGUUUGCUUCCAGACUACAAACUCAGUUUGGUGUGCUCAGUGCUUUCUGAAUAUCCACACAGGAUCUGCUCUGUGGUAGAAAGAGAACUAAGAAGAAAAAGCUGCAAAGGUAUUAUACCUGAAAGAGCAAAGGAAUGGCUGUAUGUGUAACUUGUGCAGCAAUUUGAACUCUGUGAGUAUGCAACUGUUCUUCUGCUUCACAGUAUAUGUCCAUCAAACCAGCUGCAGCAUGACCAGAACUUGAUACCAGAGAAAACUGACCUCUGUUUGCUGGGAAACAAUGGGUUACUACUUAGCAAAUUACGCUUUUUACUCUAUCAGGCAGGCAGGCAGGAGGCUCCAACUGAAAGAACCAUCACCAGCUCCUUCAGAACUGUCCCCUCUGCAUUGCUGAUACACAGCUGGCUUGGCAGGAUGUCCCUGUGGGGUGAUGCAAGUUGAUGGGCUGCCCAGGCUGAGGCUGACACCCACAAACUUCAGGACAGCAGUAAGAGCUGCAGCUCUGUCUGUAUUCAGAGUGUAACAGGUUUUUAAAGCGUUUCACAUUUUAUACUGCUUUUUAAAAAUUCUUUAGCCCGUGCUCUUGGCACCCAGUUAUUUAUAUUGUGGCAUUCACAGGGAAGCACUGCUGAAAUGAAAUCAGCAGCCCAGCCUGCAGCUGCCAUUUAGAACGUAUUCACCUUGGCUUACUAACAGAUGGCAAGCAGCUGUGAGAGGGUAAAAACCCUACCAGAUGUCAUUCAACAUGAUGCUAAAUAUGCAUCAGACCAGGACAAGAGCAGUUUUGCAGCUUUAUCUAAGAAAAGCUGUUGGUUAUUUGUGUCACAGGAGCACAGCAAAAGCAAAGAACAAACACACAAAUUCGGCCUCACUGGUCUGCCUGAGCUACAAACAUCUAGAGAGGUUUUAUUAGUGAAGCUACGUAUGUCUCCAGUCACAAGAGGUUUGCAGCAGUGAUCUGCAGGAAAUAUAAUAGUUAAAUACAGAUGUUGUCAAUACACAGCCUGCAGAAUUCCACAACUAAAUCAUAUCUCACUUCACAACCAAACUAGGAGUGUCAAAGCAAGUGGUACUGCAGAAAAAUAAACCAUAAGAAAGUGACAGUAAAGACCAACAGCAGAGAGCAGGAAUAAAACUGUCAUCUCUUAAAUUCUCAGCCAUCAGUAUGAACAGUCAACAGGGUAUAAUUUCAUUUAACAUUUAAUCCUUUAUCAGCAUUAUAACUGUAACAUGGCCUUAUAACUGCAGGUAGAGUUUGUAACCUUCACCAAAUUAAAAACAUCAGGGCUAUGCUCAGCUAACUUAGAUUAGCACAGCUGCCAUCCUUGGGUUUCAUUCCUCCUUUUACCCUAAGGACAACACCUGUCCUGGAAAUAUUUCAGCCUCACACCUGAACCCCCAACACUGCAUGUCACAGGGCAGUUUCCUAGCCUGGAAGCACAGCCAGCAUGUAUUCCUACACCUGUACAUGGUUCCUGUCUUACCUCAACAGAACACCUCAUCUAUAUUUUACUGUAAGAUUACAUACAAAAGAUUAGCUGAAACAACAAUAGCUAUCUCUGCUAUAUGCCCUAAAGGCCUGGGGUUUGCUAUUGAGUUUAUUAUCAUCAGCACCUGGAAUCCAUAAUAGGAAAUCUUACCCAUCCUUACAAUGCAGUAAUCUUGAUGGUGGCUGAGAGCACCCUCAAUGCACAUCAACCAAAGCUUCAUGCUCCCAACUCUUUCAUAUUCUUGAGCAGUUCACUGAUUUUUUUUUUUUAAAGUGGCUUUGUAUUUGCUUGUUUACACCAAGAAUUCCAACUGCCCUCCUCAGUGGUGUUUUUGUAGAGGAAUAGAAUAAAGUUGGAAGAAGAAAUACAUUUUCAUCUCAGACCUGCCAGAACAGAUGCACUUGUGUUCUGUUCCAAGGCAGAAAUGCCAAGGGGGAGGAGCAGCUGUUGCUGCAGCCUCUGCAGCAUCCCACAGGACCCUGAGGUGGUACAAAGGGCCUGCUCUGCCUCCUGCUGCUACUGAAAACAACUCCAGUUUCUCAAGUUACAUAAAUAGCUGCAGCAGGAGCUGUGCAAAUAUUCGUAAAAAUUGCUUGUCUGCUAUUCCAAGUAAUGCUUGUUCUGGAGGUAAUUGUUACUCUUAUUUUAUAAGGAAAGAAAAGGAGAGAAGUCCUACACAGGGUGGCAGUCCCUCAUGGCAAAAGGGGAGGCUGCCAUCUGCUUACUUAUACAGCAAGGAUUCUGAUAGUGAUUUAUUUACAGGCACAGAGACUCCAAGUAGCAGGCAACACCACCAAAUCCACAUUUGCACAGAGCUUGCUGCACUUAAACACUGCUCCUCUUGAACAGCAUCUCCUCCCCAGUGACCAGAAAGGAGCUGAGCUCACACUGACAACGCUGCUGGCCCAUGAGCUGCCAACUUCUGAGCUGAACUACACACCCCCUGCUAACAGUGAUUAGUUAGAGGUUCCCUUUCUCAGGUUCCUGUCUAUUCCAUAGAGCUGACCAGGGGAAAAAGAGGCAGCUGUCAAACUGUCCAGUUGUUCCACAGUCUGAACAAGUUCAAGAUCUCUACCUUCUCAUGGGAUUGAUUUCCAUCUGGUAUACUGAAGAGGAAAGAUCAGUUAUAGUUGUCUUCUUGCUUGCAGCAUACCAGUCAACAACAACUCCAUUCAGAACCCAGGCUCCAGGGAUUAUGCCACAAACAAGAAAACUGCAUUUCCAGGAAGGGUUAGAAGUCCUGGGAUAAGCAAAGCUGUACAAACAUUGGAUGCUCAAGUGAGCAAAGUGAAUAGUUAGUUGGAACGAAGUACUGGUUCAUAAUAUUCGUAAUUCCAUUUGAUUGAGCAAGCCGUUGAAAGGGAAACAUGCUGCACUUGUCUUCCCUAAUUAAUUCCAUCAGAAUUCCUUCGCUGAAAACUCUUUCAAAAUUAAAAGCAGAAAUGCCUUGUGUGCUACUUCAGAGCAGUGCAAGAGGCAGCGUGCAAGUGCUGAUUCUUAGAUGGCAAAUUCUCCAGUGAGUAAAUCCGUAUUACUGAAGGUCUCCAUCGUGAAGCUGCUAAACAAAGGAAGGAGAUGGAGUAAAUGCCACCUGACAGGAAUAAUAGUCCAGUUGAUAAAAAUCAUGUUACCCAAGAAACAAGAUCAGCCAGAGUGCCUCUGAAAGAGCUGCUUUGUUCUGAACUUGCUCAGGUUAUGUUUUUCUUUUUCAGAUAACACUUUAAAAGAGUCCUCUAGCAUUUUUUGACCUGUACAAUACAGGCCACAGGCAAUUCAUACUCUCAAGUCAAGCAUAUUUGUGAAAGUAUUUAAGUUUAUCUAACAACUCAAUAGAAAAUAUUAGGUAGCUUCCUUGUUAACUAUGCUGCCUGUUAAAAUGUAAACCCUUUCUAAUGUUGAAGGAUGUCUGUUUUCCAGCACUAACUGCUGGCUACCCUUGCCUGCUAAAUGCAAGAACUGUUUUUGGAUUUCAGCAUCUGUCUAACCCCUGUUGCACCUCACCACUCUGCAAUCUAAACUCCACAAACUUCAGUAGCAUCAUAGUAGCCCCUCAUUCUUACACAGCAUCAAGAUGCCAAAUGCAGAGACAGCACAGCCACUGCACUCCUUGUUCACUCAUUUCAUUCAUGUAUAGUCUCCAUGUUUUUUAUUUGUACUGAAACAUUUUGCAACAAAUUCCUCAUUUAUGAAACAAAGAGGCCCAACUCAACAAAUAGUAGAAAAACACAACCAAACCAACAAGAAAUAGAAAAAAAUUGCAAAAACCACCAUAGUACAGUGUAGCUGAAAAGUCAGCAAGCAUUCAUUGUGAAUUGUGAUGGGCUCUUGAAUUUCAGUGGACAGUGUAUUACUUUCAAAAGACUUUUUAUUGCAAACUUUGUUGGCACAGCAGUUAGAUAAUGAUACUGCCACUGUGUUUCUGAGUGUGUUCCAAAAAAAGCUCACCAGCAGCAGCAGCUCAGCCACUGAAUUUCUCUUCUGCCUGCUCAGACACUUGACUAGUUGCAUGGAAGGAAAAAUAGAAAAGAUAUGGAGAAGUCCAAAGGAUCCAGCAAGUUUGCCUUUUUGUUCUCUACAGAUCAAGAAUUGCUAUGUAUUUUCUUUCAUAUUUACCUGGUUAAAAUAAAGUCUUUGUACCCAGAGAUUAUUCAUUCUAUGUGAAAGCAUCUACAGGUUGCAUUUUCCCAAAACAACAAAACCAAUCUGUUCAGACUGAGUUCAUACACAUGUACUACUGUCAGUCAAUCAGUCAUAAUGGAAUCCAAAAAAGUCCCCACGGUGAAAGUGCUUUAACUCCAAGAACUCCCAACACUUUGCUACAGAAGUUAUGCAUAUUCCUCAACGAAAAAAAAAAGCAGCUCCAGCAAUCAAGUUGUAUUUCUAUUUCUGUUUCUAUUUUAAAUAAAUUCAGUAUUAUAGCAAUA